AUGUAUUCGCGUUAUCAUGUACAAUCAUUAAGAAAUAAUAGAUUUGUCGGUGAUAUCAGAGAUGAAAGGGAUCAAAUUGAAUGGAUGAAGGUAGACAAUAAUAUUGAUAAAAAUUUGAUUGAUUAUUUUAAUUUUCAUGUAUCAAGAGCAAACGUGGAUAGAAAGACUAACUGGUUUAUUGAUAAUAUACGUAUCAGAUUUGUAGAUAGAUAUUUAUCUGAUGCGAAUGAACUUGGAUAUAUUCGAUUUUUAAUGGACUGUACUAAAAUGGAACAAAAUCCAAAAUAUAUAAUUACAGCUUAUACAACUAACUCAGAUUUCUACAUAAAAAUGAAUCAACUAUUAGUAACAGUAGCAGUCAAUUGGUUACAUGAUCGAUAUGGAAAUUAUGGUGCAGGUCGACGAUCAUAUUUUUAUCUUCUUAAAGGGCAUUCAUCAUUAGAGCCUUACUCAUUUAAAGGACGUGUAUAUCGUGGUAUGUGUGUAGACAAAUAUUCUUUAAAACCAUAUUUAACUGCUGGUAAAAUAAUGAAUAAAGCAUUUCUCUCAGCAUCAAAACUUCCUUCGAUAGCUGAAAAUUUUGCUAUCGACAGUAAAAAUAAUUUACAGCACACUCAAUCUGUUUUAUGUAUAUAUGAAAUAAGAAAACAUUAA